AUGGCAGAAUUAGGAGCUAGAAGAAAACUCAAAAAGCAAUCAGUCCCAGUACGUAUAUCGAAAAUUGUACGUACAUAUAUACAUACAUGGCAUAUACAUAUAUACAUGCGUGCAUACAUGCAUGCAAAUACAAACACACACGUACAAUAUAUAUAUGAGGAGGGACAGGAAGGAUGGCUCACACGUCAGGUAGCAAUAGCAACAGUGGGAGGAACAAUGGUGGAAAGGAUGGUACUGAUGAUCGAAUCACCGAUACUCAACGAAGGGGAAACUGUACAGCAGACAAUAUUGUGGCUUUUUCCGGAUAUACAUCAUUUUAGAGCCCAUUUAGGCUCUAAAGGGACAAGGAAUGGAAGUCAUGGCAAUCUGACCCUUGACAACUGCUCAGUCCUACAGAAUCUUGACAAAUCAAUUCAAAUUCCUUUCCGAUGA